AUGUGCGCACCGUAUGAAUACAAGAAUAAUUGGACAAUUGCCGUAAGCAAGUAUCGCAACACCAUAUACAUAUGUCCAGUGCCCGAUUCGGAAAGACCACAAUCGUUCUUUGAUCCCGAGCAUUUAAAGAAACUAAUGAUGGACCAUUGGAUGACAAAACUGCGGCAGCGCUGUCUGGUAGCAAUGGAUGACGACAUUGUCCAGCCUGGUUCUUAUCAGCAGAAGAAGCUGGAUGGACAAUACUAUUGUGUGUUUAGUAUGGAUAUAUGUGGCUUACAUGUGCUUUUCGAUGCACCCAUUUUGGCUGAGCAUUGUCCAAAUCCAUUCAUUGGAUUGUCCAAAACGUUUGUGGAUUUAAGGAUGCGCCUGGAUACGAUGAGCCGUGCCGAAUGGUCAGCCCAUAAUCGCAACGAAGUUCUCAAAUGGUGGGUCGAAUCCUUUCUAGUUGGCAUUGAGAAGGUUUACAUUGCUUACCAUGAUAAGGAAGGCUACGUGCAAAAGAUUAAACACACAAUGGUUCGCGAGCUGUGGCGGGAGUGCGAUAACGAUUGGUCGCCAAAUAUAUGUGGCAAUUUUCUGCGACGUUUUCUAGGCUCAAUCCAGUUGCUGUUGGCAAAGGUGGACAGCGCCAGCACGGUUUAUCUGUUGGAAUACGAUUCAAAGAAUGGAAAUAUCACCUACAAAUACUGUAAGGAGCGUAAUGAACAUUCGUUUAUACCCGACUGGUUUCGGAUUCUGAUGGAGGAACACAUGGACCAUCUGAAUGCACAAGUUCGAUAUAAAAUUUAA